AGAUUCUAGAACAUCACCGACAAGAUUCAAACGUUAAUUAAAAGCUUUUGGUAUACACUUUUUUUUGGCUAAAAGCUUUUGGUAUACACUUAAAACUUAAAAAAAAGUACAGUUGUUAAAAUUAGUUCAGAAAUCAUUGUCCAAAUCUAACUGAGAAACUAAGCAAGGAAGCUGGUAUUACAAGCAAAGGCAGUAUUUAACUAAAUUGACCAAAACCACCUUCAAACUUCAUCCACACUCCUCUUUGUACUUUGCUCAUCCAGAUGCAAGUUUUUUCCUUAGUUCCCCAGUUGCUGAAACAUUAACAUGGAUGGAUUUUUAAUGUGGGAUUACUUCAUUUUUCUGAUCGGUUUAUGAUUAAAUCUGUGAGUAGUUUGUGGGGUGUUCAAAAGAUGGAGAUAGUGAGUAAGUUCAACUGGGACACAUUUGGCCAUUUCAGGCAUUUCUACCUAAGGGGUUUCAGUUUUGGUGAUAGAAUGAUAAAGGGUCCUUGUCAAAUUUGGAUCUUUGUAUCCUUCAAUACACUUUUUGCAACUGGCUCAUUGAUAUUCUUCCUUUCAGCCAUGUUAUUUGGAUAUAUGUAUUUGUUUCCCACUUAUAGCCCAGUCAUCAAUAGUUAUGGGAUUUCUGAGUCCAUUGUUUCUAAUGGCACAUGCAAUGUUUUAAAUGGAAGUUGGAUCCAAGAUGAAAGUUACCCUCUAUAUGAUGCCUCAAGAUGUCCAUUUGCAGAACAUGGAUUUAAUUGCUUGGCGAAUGGGCGGAAAGAUAAAGGUUAUGCAAAGUGGAGGUGGAAGCCAAAGAAUUGUGAUAUUCAAAGAUUCAAUGCGCGAGCAAUUCUUGAAAAGCUUCGUGGAAAACGAGUGGUUUUUGUGGGUGAUUCAUUGAGUAGAACACAAUGGGAGUCAUUGAUAUGUAUGCUUAUGACAGGGGUAGAGGAUAAGAGGGAUGUAUAUGAAGUCAAUGGCCAAAAGAUCACUAAACGGAUUAGGUUUUUAAGUGUAAGAUUCAGUUCAUUCAAUUUAAAUAUUGACUUUUAUCGAUCGGUGUUCCUGGUACAGCCUGGUCCUGUGCCAAGGCAUGCACCAAAGAGGGUGAAGACAACACUAAGACUCGAUAAGAUGGACAGUAUCAGCAAAGAGUGGAUUGAUUCUGAUGUUCUCAUAUUUAAUUCAGGACACUGGUGGACAAGGACCAAGCUUUUUCAAAUGGGCUGGUAUUUUCAGGUUGGUAAUUCACUGAAGCUUGGAAUGCCACUGACUACGGCCUUUGGCAAAGCAUUAGACACUUGGGCAUCUUGGGUUGAGACUAUGGUCAACAGCAAUAGAACCAGUGUAUUCUUCCGGACUUUUGAAUCUUCCCAUUGGAGUGGUAAAAACCGGAAUUCUUGCAAAGUGCCUAAACUACCUUCAUCAAGAUCUCAUGGAAGGGACCGAAGCCCAAUUUCAGAUGUCAUAAUCAAGGUUGUGAAGAAAAUGACAGUUCCUGUAACAGUUCUUCAUGUUACUCCAAUGGAUGCAUACCGGAGUGAUGCACACGUGGGUACUUGGAGUGAUAAUCCAUCUGUGCCUGAUUGUAGCCAUUGGUGUCUGCCUGGGGUACCUGAUACAUGGAAUGAAAUUCUCUUAUUACACUUGCUGUCGAAAAAUGGGGUUCCCCUCCAAUGAUCAAUAGAAGUUGCAUGCUUUGUUUCCUCCUCUUGCAUCUAGCAUUGAUUCUAAGCUCUCUUGGUUGGCACGGUUUAUCAAUUCACUUGGGACUUGGGGAUUGGAGAAAUUGUACUGGGUUUCUUGUUUUUACCCAUUUAGGAAAUUCUUUCAUUUGUCUGUUUAUUUUUUCAUUGGCAGUUGCUGAAUAACCAAACCUAGUUUGAGAUUCAACUGCCUGUUGCAAUAGAAAUUAAAUUUCUUACAUUUGAAAGUUUUGAAGCAUUAUUUUAUAAAAAAAGAGAGCUUCUAUAC